AUGUACAUUGAUAAGGUCGACCAUCGCUGCAAAGUUGACCCUGAGUUGGUAGCUGACCUGGAUAAGGUACGGGUACCAUUUGAAGUGGAUAAUAGUUCUGGCCUGGCUACUGGAUCGACCAAUGCCAGGGCAGAUAAGAACCAGUGCGGAAACUGGGAUAUCUAUGUUGAAAAACCAUCUGAAGUCAAUAGGUGGGACUGGGAGGCUAACUCAAAACCCGACUUGAGUUGGGGAGUGAAGAAUGAAUCUUCCAGUAUAUGGGGUAAGAGCAGCUCAGGUUGGGGUGAUGCUCUGGAGAAACGCAAUUGGCGUGGCUCGAGCAACGACCAUUACUCAUCAAACAAUAGAAAUAGCGACUUUUAUGGUGGAUCCAACAAUAGAUACCAGCAGGAGGAUCCAAGUCACGCAUCUGGAAGGAAACGGAACAGCGGAGAGUACUUCCAGCAGAGGAACAACAAGCAUAGGAGACAGGAUGAGCGUUACCAAAGAAGCAGUUGGCAGGAUCACAGGGGAAGAAAUGAUGAAUGGCGUCCAUGGCACUAG